CACGUGUUGCUGUUUGGUUUACUGAAAUUGAUUAUAAUCUUGUUAAUCUUGAUAUUUACAGCUAGACUUAUUAAUGCUCAUUCCAGUUAAUCGAAUUUUUAUAUCAGGAUGUGGAAGAGGUUUUAAUUAUUCGUUUAGAUGUUUUGAAAGGAAAUAUCGAACUGUUUUAGGUAUCGAAACUAGUUGCGAUGAUACAGGUGCUGCAAUUGUUGACGAAUUUGGUAACAUCAUUUCAGAUGUUCUUCGCUCACAGCAACAAUUUCACCUUGACAAUGGAGGAGUUAUACCACGAUUAGCCAAAUCUCUUCAUCAAGACCAAAUAGAAUAUGUAAUUACUAAUACAUUAAAGAAAAGUGGCAUGAGUUUGCAAGAUAUAUCUGCAAUUGCCACUACAGUGAAGCCUGGAUUAUUGCAUUCUUUAUUAGUUGGUUUUAAUUAUAGUAAAAUUCUUGUUAAUGAGAGUGAAAAACCAUUUAUACCUAUACAUCAUAUGGAAGCUCAUGCUUUAGUUGUCAGAAUGACUGAAUUAAUACAGUUUCCUUUCCUCGUGCUUCUUGCUUCAGGAGGUCACUGUCAAAUUGCUGUCGUUAAAGAAGUUGACAAGUUUUUACUUCUUGGAAAAAACUUAGAUAAUCCGCCGGGUGAAGCUCUUGAUAAGAUUGCAAGACGAUUAAAGCUUAAGAAUCUUCCAGAAUGUUCUUCAAUGUGUGGUGGAAGAGCUAUUGAAUACUUAAGUGAAAGUGGAAAUCCUAAUGCUUACAAUUUCACACUCCCAUUGUAUAAAUUUAGAAGUUGUGACUUUUCUUUUUCUGGAUUAAAAGUACAAGCUUUAAGAGCAAUUAUUAAAGAGGAGGAAGAAAACAAUGUUUUUGCUGAUGGUUUAAUUCCAAAUAUUUCUGAUUUCUGUGCCUCAAUACUUCAUGCUUUUACAAAACAUCUGGUUAGACAAGUUCAGCGGGCCAUGAUAUUCUGUGAAAAAAAAAACUUAAUACCAGAAGACAAAAGAACAUUGGUAUUUUCUGGAGGUGUAGCAUGCAAUGCUUAUAUUAGAGCAGCUUUAAAUAAAUUAUGUGGUCACUCAGGUUGGCAGUUUUCCUGUCCUCCUCCCAAACUAUGCAAUGAUAAUGGUAUCAUGAUUGCUUGGAAUGGAAUGGAACGUUUGAAAGCCGGAAUUGGAAUAACAAAAAGUAUAGAUGAAGUUAAUGUUAUUUCAAAAACAAGGGGGUGUUGACAUGAAAACUUGUAUAAUACUUGCACUUUCACCUCAGGCAGUUUUCAUCCAUAUAAAGCAGGAGAGAUAAUUGGAAUGGUAUUUUUGAAUUAACAAAUAUUUUAUCUAGCAUUAUGAUAAUUGUUUUCAUCCUUUAAGAAUGUACAUUUUUCUUUUAGAAAAACUUUAUGAGAAGACCCAAUACAAGGAUUGUUGCAUCUACUUUGUUUAAAACUUAUUCAAGUACACUGGGUAAGGUAGUCAUUACAAUUGUAUUCCUCACUACACUGUAACUAUCAGGAAAGGAAUAUGAAAGAGCAGCAGCCCAUAUUUACAGUUCUAUAGAAUACUCACUUGUUUUGCUAAAACCAGUUCCAACUGCUCCAAAGCAAAUUUUAUUUUAAUACUUUCUGCAUUCAAGUCAGUUUCUAAUAAGAGUGAGUCUUUCAAAAGAUUAGUUGGAAAGUUAAUUUUGUCUCUAAUGUCUAAAGGUGACUUACCAAGCAGUCAAACUUACCUCACUUGCCACAUUUAAUUUUUUUCUGAUCUUCAAAUUCUAAAAUCUGGCGUAAAAUUUUCUGAUGGCAAACAUAUAUUCUUAUAUAACAUGUACACAAUCAAAUCAUUUAUUAUUUUGAAGCUUUCAUAAAGUGCCACUUAAUCAUCAUCUAUUCACAUAAUCACCAUAUAGUCCUUUUACAGUAAUUGUGAAACAAGAUUGUCAUUCCUCUUCACAACUUCCUCUCUAAAUGAUUUUAAAUUAUAAGUUUUGACAUAUAAUUUCUGUUAAAGUACUCAUCAUCCCAAUACCUGGCUUAAGGUCUGGUAUUUGUAGUUGGUCUUGCAUUAUCACAACAUGGCAAAACAAACUUGACAAUUUGUUGAACAUUUAUAACUCUCCUGACCAACUGAAUAUAAAAACAGUGCAUUUUGUGUUUUGAGUAAUGUCAUUUGAAGUGAGACUUAAUCUUUCAAUCUAUUAAAUCCCAAAAUUGAAUGAUAUUAAAUGUGGUAAUGUUAUUAUUGCAGUUUACAAGGAUUUGAAGGGACUGGUUGAAAAAAAUGUUAAAAUUGAAGAACAUUAAUCAUACAGUGAAAAUUUAAUAUAAAAUAAAUUAUUUUUACUACUUUUUGAAAUAGUUUUGGAAGAGAUAGAAUAGAAACCAAUUUGAUAGAGUAGAUUUAUAAAAACAGAGAUCUUAUACACAGCAAUUAUGUAUGUAAUAUGUUAAAUAACUCAAUUUUAUGAAGAGUGGUUUUUUUUUCCUCUUAAAUAUCGAUGAACCUGGAUGAACCAACUAUUGCUGAUUCUGCCAGCAGUGAAGUAGUCAGAAGGGUGAAGGACAGGGUUCAACAUAUCCAGGCUAGAUAAUAUAGGAAAUUUGUAGUUGGAGCCUCAAAAAGCAGUUGGCAUGUGUCUCAGCACAUCUGGUUUACCAGAUUGUUGUCAUAUAAUGUUUUUAAUACUACUAGACUAUUAUAUAAUUGUUAAAAUAAUUACUAAUGUAAUAAUAAUAAUUAUUAUUA